CGCGUGCGCGGGCCGGAGGCCGAGUGGAGCGGACGGAGUAGAGCGGACCUGACUGACUGAGUGAGGGAGCGCCGCGGCGGCCUGAGUGAGGGAGCGCCCGACCCGACCCCACCCGACCCUGCUCUCCUUCCCCCCGCCAUGGAGGCCGGCGCCACGCUGCUGACCUGGCUGCUCUGCGCCACGCUGCUCAGGUGGAGCGGGGCAACGCUGGAGGAGGCGGCCGUGGCAGAUCUGUGCAGGAUCGACGAAGCCUCGUGCCACAUUCAGGAUGAGGUUCUCCGCUUCGAGGCCAUCAUGAGCAUUCACAAGCAGAUGGACGAUGACGCCAAUGGCAACGUGGAUGUUGAGGAGAGCGACGAGUUUUUACGUGAAGACCUGAACUACCAAGAUGCGGCGGCCAAACACAGCACCUUCCAUGGGGGCGACAAGCUGAUCAGUGUGGAGGACCUGUGGAAAUCAUGGAAGAGUUCUGAAGUGUUCAACUGGACGGGAGAGGAGGUGAUUGAGUGGCUCAUCAACUACGUGGAGUUGCCCCAGUACGAGGAACACUUCAGAAAACUCAACAUCAAUGGACACGACAUGCCAAGGUUGGCCGUGAAUAAUCUGACCCUGGCCUGCUCUCUGCUGAAGGUCAACGACCGCAGUCACCGCCAGAAGCUGCAGCUCAAAGCUCUCGACACCGUGCUCUUCGGGCCACCCCUGUUGACCCGCCACAACCACCUGAAGGACUUCAUGCUGGUGGUGUCCAUUGUGAUUGGUGUGGGUGGCUGCUGGUUUGCCUACAUCCAGAACCGCUACUCCAAGGAGCACAUGAAGCGGAUGAUGAAGGACCUGGAGGGGCUGCAGAAGGCUGAGCAGAGCCUGCACGACCUGCAGGAGAGGCUGCUGAAGGCACAGGAGGAGCACCGCUCGGUGGAGGUGGAGAAGGUGAACCUGGAGCAGAAGCUGCGAGACGAGAUCAAUGCGGCCAAGCAGGAGGCCCAGCGGCUGCGGGAGCUGCGCGAGGGGACCGUCAACCAGCUGAGCCGACAGAAAUACGCCGAGGAGGAGUUGGAACAGGUGGGAGUUGUCCGCAUGGCGCUGAAGAAGGCGGAGAAGGAGCUGGAGUCACGGGGUAGCUGGUCCCCGCCCGACAGCCUGCAGAAGUGGCUGCAGCUCACACACGAGGUGGAAGUCCAGUACUACAACAUCAAGAAGCAGGGUGCCGAGCGGCAGCUCUAUAUUGCCAAGGAAGGGGCAGAGAAGAUCAAGAAAAAGAGGAACACCUUGUUUGGGACAUUCCACGUAGCGCACAGCUCCUCACUGGACGAUGUCGAUCACAAAAUCCUCGCUGCAAAACAGUCGCUGAGUGAGGUAACGGCAGCCCUGCGGGAACGGCUCCACCGCUGGCAGCAAGUGGAGAUGUUGUGUAAGUUCCAGAUCGUGAACAACCCCGGGAUCAGUGCGCUUCACGCCGUGCUGAACAUGGAUCCAAGCUGGCUUGGACAAUCCCGAUCCACGCCGACACACUUCAUCCUCACCGAUGACCUGGAUGAUAUGGAGGAGGAGCUGGUGACUCCCGUCACCCUCCAAUAUAUGGCAUGGUUAAUGGAUCAAAGAGUUACUGACCGAUCCCGGACACCCAUAGACAGUCUGUCGACAUGGAGCUCCACGGGUUUGGCAUUACAUAUAUACAUGUCUCCUUUUGUUCCCUAAUCGUCACUCCUGCUCACCAAACCAGGGCAUGCCGAGCUUCCUGACCCGCUGUAGCUAGUGCCUGGGACCACAGGGAGAGAUGGGUCAGACGCCAGCCCUUCAUGCCCGGGACUGGCUCACGGAAUACACCAGAUGUCCAGGCUAAUCGAGCUCAGAAUCCCUCCACUCCGCUA